AUGGACAUCCGUCAGGCAACUAUCGAUGAUUUGAUAGGUAUGCAAAAUGCCAAUUUACUAAACCUCCCAGAGAACUAUACAUUCAAAUAUUAUCUGUAUCACGCUUUGACAUGGCCUGAAUUGUCUUAUGUGGCUGUUGAUCCCAGGGGACGUAUAGUAGGAUACAUAUUAGCUAAGAUGGAAGACGAACCCUCACCUAAUACCGAACCAAGUGGUCAUGUCACCUCCAUAUCUGUUCUUAGACCUUACAGGCGGUUGGGUCUAGCUAAUAAAUUGAUGAAACAAGCUCAAGAAGCAAUGGUAGCUCAUUACAAAGCUUCGCAUAUCACUUUACAUGUCCGUAAAUCGAAUCGAGCGGCCAUUUCACUAUAUAGAGAUACCUUAGGAUUCGAAGUUCAUGCGAUGGAGAAAGGAUAUUAUGCCGAUGGUGAAGAUGCUUAUGGUAUGAGGUAUAUGUUCAACAAGAAGUCAGAAACAGAAUCAUCAUCAUAG